AUGGAGAUACUGACAACAACACAGAACUACAGUCAUGAUCAUGCAACACCAUGUACAAACGAUGUCAAACAAUUUGCAUCCCUGUUUCUGCCACCUAUUUACUCCUUGGUGCUGAUAUUUGGCCUGGUGGGCAAUGUUCUGGUUGUGCUGAUCCUGAUAAAACACAAGGGGCUGAGAAGCAUGACUGACAUCUAUUUGCUGAAUCUGGCAAAUUCCAAUUUACUCUUUAUUCUUUCCCUGCCAUUUUGGGCUUACUAUGCAGCACAUGAGUGGGAUCUGGGAAAUUCUUUCAGGGGUCCAUUAUGCUGGUUGCUCGACACUGGUUUCUGCAGUGGAAACUUUUCCAUAAUACUUUUGACAAUAGACAGAUAUCUGGCAAUUGUCCAUGCAGCGUUUACUAUAAAAGCUAGGACAGUUACCUAUGGCAUCCUCAGAAGUGUUGUCAUUUGGGGUGUUGCAAUAUUAGCCUCUCUUCCAGGUUUAAUAUUUCACACUGUUCAAAAGGAAAGCGUUUAUUGGACCUACAGCUCUCAUAAUCCAUCAGGCCAUGAAACAAAAUGGAGGCAAUUCCUGAUCUUAAAGAUGAACCUCCUGGGACUUGUCAUUCCACUGGUCAUUAUGAUCAUCUGCUAUGCACAGAUUAUAAAGACAUUACUGAGAUGUAGAAGAGAAAAAUAUAGGUCAAUCAGGCUGAUUUUUAUCAUAAUGAGGUGUUAUAGUGAAAUGUCUAUUUCAGUUAAACUGAGUUCUCCAUUUCCAUUUUUAUUGUGCUGUGAAUUCUUCUGCUAUGGUUAUUCUGCUUCUUUAUCUUUACCUGUUCCUAAAAGGUGUUUAUAA